CUCGUCAUUUUAACGAGAUUCUUGAUCCUAGUCGAUACCAGCUUCCUUUCUUCCAAACGACACAAAGGCGCAGUCUUCUCGAGUAGAAGUUCUGCCCUCUUUUUUCGCUUCCGUCACCCCGCGAUUUAUCAACUCUAGAUCGAGCUGUGCUUGAUCUAGAUUUUCCAAAGCCUCAACCGCAAACAUGGCUGACAAGGGUCUUGAGGAUGUCCCCGAGGGACAGAUCGAGUCCAACUACGAUGAGACCGUCGACUCCUUCGAUGACAUGAACCUCAAGUCUGAGCUCCUCCGAGGUGUCUACGCCUACGGUUUCGAGCGUCCCUCUGCUAUCCAGCAGCGUGCUAUCAUGCCCGUUAUCAAGGGUCACGAUGUCAUUGCUCAAGCCCAGUCCGGUACUGGAAAGACCGCUACCUUCUCCAUCUCUGUUCUCCAGAAGAUCGACACCAACGUCAAGCAGUGCCAGGCUCUGAUCCUUGCCCCUACCCGUGAGCUUGCUCAGCAAAUUCAGAAGGUCGUUGUUGCCAUUGGAGAUUUCAUGCAAAUUGAGUGCCACGCUUGUAUCGGUGGUACCAGUGUCCGUGAGGACAUGAAGGCCCUCCAGGACGGUCCUCAGGUUGUUGUCGGUACUCCCGGCCGUGUUCAGGACAUGAUCCAGCGCCGCUUCCUCAAGACCGACAGCAUGAAGAUGUUCGUUCUCGAUGAGGCCGAUGAGAUGCUUUCUCGUGGUUUCACAGAGCAGAUCUACGAUAUCUUCCAGCUUCUCCCCCAGUCCACCCAGGUUGUCCUCCUCUCUGCUACCAUGCCCCAGGACGUACUUGAGGUCACCACCAAGUUCAUGCGUGACCCUGUCCGCAUCUUGGUUAAGAAGGACGAGCUUACCCUGGAGGGUAUCAAGCAGUUCUAUAUUGCCGUCGAGAAGGAGGAGUGGAAGUUGGACACCCUCUCCGACUUGUACGAGACCGUCACCAUCACCCAGGCUGUUAUCUUCUGCAACACCCGCAGAAAGGUCGACUGGCUCACCGACAAGCUCACUGCUCGUGAUUUCACCGUUUCCGCCAUGCACGGUGACAUGGACCAGGCUCAGCGUGACCUGAUCAUGAAGGAGUUCCGUUCCGGUUCUUCUCGUGUCCUGAUCGCCACUGAUCUCUUGGCCCGUGGUAUCGACGUUCAACAGGUUUCCCUGGUCAUCAACUAUGAUCUCCCUGCCAACCGUGAGAACUACAUUCACCGAAUUGGUCGUGGUGGUCGUUUCGGCCGAAAGGGUGUCGCCAUCAACUUUGUCACCGCUGAGGACGUCCGAAUGAUGCGUGAGAUUGAGCAGUUCUACAGCACCCAGAUUGAGGAGAUGCCCAUGAACGUUGCCGACCUCAUCUAA